AUGGCGGGCGGCGGGAUGGCGGCGCUGGGCGUGAAGACGGAGCGCGCGGCGCAGUACAAGGGCCGCAUGACGCUGGCCGUCGCCAUGACCUGCCUCGUCGCCGCCGUCGGGGGCGCCAUCUUCGGCUACGACAUCGGCAUCUCCGGAGGCGUGACAUCCAUGGACCCAUUUCUGGAGAAAUUCUUCCCGGUGGUGUUCCACAGGAAGAACUCCGGCGGGAAGAACAACUACUGCAAGUACGACAACCAGGGGCUCGCGGCGUUCACCUCCUCGCUCUACCUCGCCGGCCUCGUGGCCUCCCUCGUCGCGUCCCCCGUGACGAGGAACUACGGCCGCAAAGCCAGCAUCGUCUGCGGCGGCGUCAGCUUCCUCAUCGGCGCGGCCCUCAACGUGGCGGCCGUGAACCUGGCCAUGCUCAUCCUCGGGCGCAUCAUGCUCGGCGUCGGCAUCGGUUUCGGCAACCAGGCCGUGCCGCUGUACCUGUCGGAGAUGGCGCCGGCGCACCUCCGCGGCGGGCUGAACAUGAUGUUCCAGCUCGCCACGACGCUGGGCAUCUUCACGGCGAACCUGAUCAACUACGGCACGCAGAACAUCAAGCCGUGGGGGUGGCGGCUGUCGCUGGGCCUGGCGGCGGCGCCGGCGCUGCUGAUGACGCUGGCCGGGCUCUUCCUCCCGGAGACGCCCAACAGCCUCAUCGAGCGCGGGCACGUGGAGGAGGGCCGGCGCGUGCUGGAGCGCAUCCGGGGCACCGCCGACGUGGACGCCGAGUUCACGGACAUGGUGGAGGCGAGCGAGCUGGCCAACACCAUCGAGCACCCGUUCCGGAACAUCCUGGAGCCGCGCAACCGGCCGCAGCUGGUGAUGGCCGUGUGCAUGCCGGCGUUCCAGAUCCUGACGGGCAUCAACUCCAUCCUCUUCUACGCGCCGGUCCUGUUCCAGAGCAUGGGCUUCGGCGGGAACGCGUCCCUCUACUCCUCCGUGCUCACCGGCGCCGUGCUCUUCUCCUCGACGCUCAUCUCCAUCGGCACCGUCGACCGCCUCGGCCGCCGGAAGCUCCUCAUCAGCGGCGGGAUCCAGAUGAUCGUCUGCCAGGUGAUCGUGGCGGUGAUCCUGGGCGCCAAGUUCGGGGCGGACAAGCAGCUGUCGCGGAGCUACUCGAUCGCGGUGGUGGUGGUGAUCUGCCUGUUCGUGCUGGCGUUCGGGUGGUCGUGGGGCCCGCUGGGGUGGACGGUGCCGAGCGAGAUCUUCCCGCUGGAGACGCGGUCGGCGGGGCAGAGCAUCACGGUGGCCGUGAACCUGCUCUUCACCUUCGCCAUCGCGCAGGCGUUCCUGUCGCUGCUGUGCGCCUUCAAGUUCGGCAUCUUCCUCUUCUUCGCCGGGUGGAUCACCGUCAUGACCGUCUUCGUCUGCGUCUUCCUGCCGGAGACCAAGGGCGUGCCCAUCGAGGAGAUGGUGCUGCUCUGGCGGAAGCACUGGUUCUGGAAGAAGGUCAUGCCGGCGGACAUGCCGCUCGAGGAUGGCUGGGGCGCGGCUGAGGGUAACAAUCACAAGUAA